GGAAAUUCGAAGUCCAAAUACAUUAUGAACGCCCCGGAUCGGUAAGGAUCAUUCUUAGUUAGAAGCAUGGCUUUCUCUUUUUCUUUGUCUUAUGAAUAUUUUCUUUUGGAAUCUGAAGAAUUGUACAUGGAUGACCGCAUCAUGAGCUCUUGCCUCGAAUUCCUGCCGGUGGACCUAGAAGUCUGGAGGAUGUUGAUCUUGCACUGGAGUCGCUCCUGCCCCGGGCGCCUCGUUGCUUUCACCUUUCACUCAAAAGGACCCGCUCAUUGGUUUUCGCUGUGACUGUGAUUCUUGCCUUGUUCCACGUGAAACAUCUAUUUGUGCCAAGAUCUUUUUGCCUGGUUUACAUCAUUGUCGCUUUAAAUGGCUCUGGCUAUGAGGUCGUGCAAGGAAUAUCUUCUACCACCAGAGACAGCCUAUGCGCGCUGGAGACAUGGCAACGGCGGGCCUCGAGUAGGUCAUCAGUCUACGAUCAAUGUGUCUCAUGACCAGCAGCAAAGGUCGGCUCCGUUCGAUCGGAAGUCUCGUUCCCUUUUGUUCCUUUAUACUGGCCUCUCCUCGACUACGGUUGAUAUACAUGUACUGACCUACUCCUCAAUCAGCUACGAGUCGUUUGUGCUCGCCAGUGGCGAGAACAAAGUCGAGAUGGAGAUCGAUACUCGCAUCCCAUCCUCCGCCAUCUUCACUUUCAACAAAGAGGAUCAUACUCUGGGGAAUCUGAUCCGUUCUCGUCUGUUACAGAGCUCCCAUGUUAAUUUCGCUGCUUACAAGGUGCCUCACCCUCUUGUUCCGCAGUUCCAAUUGCGCGUACAGACAGAUGGCGAGAUCACCCCAAAAGAAGCUGUCAUCACCGCCUGUCAUGAGCUUGUUCGAGACCUGGGCAUCCUUUCCCGCGAGUUCACCAAAGAAUAUGAGCUCCGUAAGAUGGUGGGAGCCUCUCAGCAGCAGAACGGUGGCCAGGAUGCUCUAUAAUCAGCAGCAGCUGUUUGCAGACCAUAGUCGCUGCGAGCUUACUGAAGUGUCGAACUUUUGAACUUGCGCAGCUGGAUAUGCGUGCUUCUUUCUUACAUCAUACCCUUCUUCAUUAAUUUUCACACUGUUCUCAGCUCAGCUCUAUUCACACAGAUAGAUCGAAAUGCAGCUGCACCCGUCCGAUCCUUGUCAGCAACUGAGAACAACCUUUAUCAUUGUUUCUACACUUGUGUUAUAUGUGACUGCUCCCCACUUGCUUGAUAUUAUGCCCCAGGAAUUCUGCAGUUCGCUCUUUCUAACACACAAAUUCAACUACUCAGUACUGCUCGUGCGCACUGUGUAUAUUAGUAUUGAUGAUCUCUCGGGUGCUGAAUAUAUCAACCACCUAAGUGAACCGGUAG